AUAUCGUGAAUUUGUGCCUAAAAUCCGUGAUAGUGAUUUUUAUUUUUUAUUACAACAAUUUUUUUUUACUAAAUGUAGAUUAUUUAUGUAUUAGACUUCAGUAAUCAGUAUCAGUUGUCAGAUGUCAGAAACUAUCUGCGUAAUUGCAACAUUUAUUACGCGAUUCAUUAGUUAUUAAAUCGGAUGUGUGUUGUACUACUAAGAGAGAAACAAAUCGAAAUUCAUGAUUUAUAUUUAAUGUGUUUGCAUACACCAUUGGAAUUAAUAGCAAUCAGUUUGUUAUAUUUUAGAAACCAUACAUAAUAUACAGAACACUAUCAUAAUGGCCGUGGAAAAUUUGAAACAGUUUGUUUUUCGCAACAAGGAAGUUCUUAUGUUUAUAGUAGGAUUUGGAGCAAUGCACAUUGGCUGGUAUAACUUGCAACGUAACAGUACCUUGAAUAAAGCAAUAGCAGCGUCUCGUGAAAAAGAAACUAUUAAGGAAUAUAAUAGAUUAGAACGUGAAAUUAAAAGUAAUUGGUCAGACCAACCAUCUUCACAACAACAACAGCAUCAACCCCAAACAGCUAGUAUAGUAUUAAGUUCAGCAGCUGCAUUUACAGAAAAAUCUUCUAAUACUCAUUAAUUAUACAUGUAUUUAUUAUAAUGAACAUAAUAAACAGUUAAUCUGUUAUUUAAUUUUGUAUUUAUGACAAUGAAUAGUUAUUAUAAUAUAUAUAUAUUUCUGUUUGUGAAAAAUAUAGGAAUAGCUUAUUUUUAGACAGCAUCUUAAUACUAACAGAGACUUAAAAAUGUAAACUAAUUAUAUUUAUUAUAUUGUGAUAUAAAAAUGUUAUCUAGUCUCUAAAAUGAUAGUUACAUAAAUAUUGUAAGAGGUUGCUAUUUAAUAUGCUUAUUCAUUCAUGUAUAUAAAUGCAUAAUAAGUUAUGUAGUAAUUAAAAUUCUUUUUGUCAUUGAAUA